CUUUUCCUUUUUUCUUUUUUAUCUUAUUCUAUAAAACUUUUUUCUUUUAUUUUUCAAUUGUAUUUUCAUCCCAAUUCCAAUUACCCUUUGGUCUGGGUAUUUACUCUCUAAGUAAUAAUAAUGGAAUAUCUAGACCCUUGUGAAAGCUGUUUGUCUGUUUGAUUUGGAAGUUUGUAUAGAGAAUUUGCUCUAAUGGGUGGCCAAAGGAGUGGUUAUGGUAAGCGUCCCCACUCUCAAUCUGACUAUGAUAAUGGACCAAAUAAAAGGAGGAAUCACGGUGAGGAUAGAGAGCAGUUUGUGAUUGAUUCGGAAGAUACAGUUUUUCGAUAUGUAUGCCCGGGUCGAAAGAUUGGCAGUGUUAUUGGUAGAGGAGGUGAGAUUGUUAAGCAACUGAGGGUGGAGACCAAGGCCAAGAUUAGGAUUGGUGAGACUGUGCCGGGUUGUGAAGAGCGAGUUGUUACUAUUUAUAGCCCCAGUGAUGAGACUAAUUCUGUUGAGGGUGGUGGGAAUUACGUGUCUCCGGCUCAGGAUGCUCUGUUUAAGGUGCAUGACAGAAUAGUUGCUGAGGACUUGCAUGGUGAUCAGGAUGAUGAUGGAGGUCACCAAGUGACUGCUAAGCUGCUGGUGCCAUCUGAUCAGAUUGGUUGUGUCAUUGGGAAAGGCGGGCAGAUAGUUCAGAACAUUCGUAGUGAGACUGGGGCCCAGAUUCGGAUACUCAAGGAUGACCAUUUACCUUUGUGCGCCUUGAGCUCUGAUGAGCUUGUUCAGAUUACUGGGGAUGCCGCUGUUGUGAAAAGGGCUCUGCAUCAAAUAGCAUCUCGACUUCAUGAUAACCCUUCACGAUCUCAGCAUCUUCUUACUUCUGCUGUUCCUGGUGUAUAUCCUGCUGGUAGUUCCCUCAUUGGUCCAACUCCAGGAGCUCCAAUUGUGGGGAUAGCUCCCCUUGUUGGAGCUUAUGGGGGAUAUAAAGGUGACACUAGUGACUGGCCACCGCGGUCCAUGUACUCAGCUCCGAGGGAUGAGGGGUCUUCAAAGGAGUUUUCAGUUCGAUUGGUUUGCCCAACCGGAAACAUUGGAGGUGUUAUAGGAAAAGGUGGUAUGAUAAUAAAUCAAAUUAGGCAGGAUUCUGGUGCAACAAUCAAAGUUGAUAGUUCACCAACAGAAGGAGAGGAAUGCUUGAUCACCAUUUCGACAAAAGAGUUCUUUGAAGAGACUUUCUCCCCAACAAUAGAAGCAGCUGUGCGAUUGCAACCUCGAUGCAGUGAGAAGGUUGAAAGAGAUUCAGGAAUCAUCUCUUUCACAACCCGCCUUCUGGUAUCAACCUCACGAAUUGGUUGCCUUAUUGGUAAAGGGGGAUCUAUCAUAACUGAGAUGAGGAGGCUUACAAAAGCUAAUAUUCGCAUUAUCUCAAAGGAUAAUCUUCCUAAGAUUGCAUCUGAAGAUGAUGAAAUGGUGCAGAUUUCAGGAGAUCUUGACGUUGCCAAGGAGGCUCUGGUGCAUGUACUUACACGGUUGAGAGCGAAUAUUUUUGAUAGGGAGGGUGCUCUCUCUGCAUUCCUUCCAGUUAUGCCAUAUCUGCCUGUUUCAGCAGAUGGAUCAGAUGGCCUAAGCUUUGAUGGUAGAGAUGGUAAAAGACAUGGACGUGGACAUUCUUAUUCAAGUGGGUAUGGUGGCUCAAGUGAUGUAACAGGUGGUGACAUUUAUGGAAGCUAUGGUGGUUCACAGCUUGGAAGUAGCAGUGCUUAUGGGGCUUAUGGAAGUUAUUCUUUGGGACGGUCUAGUACUGCUGGGUUGUCAACUCAGAGUGGUGUUUCUCGGAGGAGAAAUCAUGCUUACUGAACUUAAUGAGUCUUUGCAGCUGAGUUCUGUGAAGCCCGCAGCCUGCCUACUGCCUAAACCAGAAGACCUGAUGAACCAGGGUUUGACAAACUUAUGGCCCACCUUGACGCUACUACUUAGAGGACCAAACUUAUGUGGAGACUAUUGAAAUUGGCCAUGUUCAUUUUACCUUAAUUCCCAAGCUUCAUAACUUGUUCUCCCAAGAACCUAUAAAGCUUGCUUGCCUUUCUGUUAUUAUUGUGGUUUAUUUUUAACUUUAAAACUGAGACACCAUGUACCUUUCAUCAUCCAACAGUUGUAUACUAUUUACUGUUUUUGGGUUUUA